CCACAUGAACUGGCGGCGACACGGUUAUAUAACGGCUAAGAAUCACGGAUUUAAUGCCGGGAGACGAGGACACGCGCGCUCAUGUGCGGGCUAAGCUUUAGAACAAGAAACAGCCCAUCGCAAAAGACCUCCCUCCGAUGGGGCGAUAGUUGCCUCAACUAACGUCUCCGUCUCCCGUGAGUGACGUAAUUAGUGUUAAUUAGUUUUAUGUUAUGAACCGCGAAUGUUACACGUAAAAGACAUUUGAGUGUGGGAGGCAUCUCUGAGGGCUUUUUAUUGUGAGUGGAGGAAAAACAGAAAGCAAGAUGAUUAACAUAGCGGGUGUUAUUUCGAUUGUGCUGUUCUACGUACUGAUCCUGGCGGUGGGCAUCUGGGCAGGACGGAAGAAGCCUCCGGGAGACCAGUCUGAAGAAGAGGUGAUGCUGGCUGGCCGGUCCAUUGGAUUAUUCGUCGGCAUUUUUACUAUGACGGCUACAUGGGUUGGCGGAGGCUACAUAAACGGUACGGCUGAGGCAAUCUACACUUCCGGCCUGGUUUGGUGUCAGGCUCCAUUUGGUUAUGCACUUUCGUUAGUGUUCGGUGGAAUCUUCUUCGCAAACCCAAUGCGGAAGCAGGGCUACGUAACAAUGUUGGAUCCGCUGCAAGACUCGUUUGGUGGACGUAUGGGUGGACUGCUGUUUUUACCUGCGCUUUGUGGGGAGGUGUUUUGGGCGGCUGGAAUAUUGGCAGCACUGGGUGCAACACUGGUCGUAAUUAUCGACAUGGACCACCGUACGUCCGUUAUCUUCAGCGCCUGCGUCGCCGUUUUCUACACACUCUUCGGGGGGUUGUACUCUGUGGCCUAUACUGAUGUAAUUCAACUAUUUUGCAUCUUUAUUGGUCUGUGGAUGUGCAUACCCUUUGCCUGGGCCAACCCACACGUCAAGCCUCUCAGUUCUAUGGAGGUCGACUGGAUUGGCAGCAUCGAUCCAGACUAUUACUGGUUCUACAUAGAUUAUGGCCUACUCUUGGUAUUUGGAGGCAUUCCUUGGCAGGUGUACUUCCAACGUGUGUUGAGUAGUAAGACAGCUGGGCGGGCGCAGAUUCUGUCGUACGUGGCGGCUUUCGGCUGCAUCAUCAUGGCAAUCCCACCAGUUCUUAUCGGAGCUAUUGCUAAAGGCACUUCCUGGAACGAGACCGAAUUUACUGGACCGCUGACGCCUGAAGGCGAUCUGACACCAGAACAGACGUCCAUGAUCCUGCCUCUAGUGCUGCAACACCUAACACCAAGUGUGGUCUCCUUCUUUGGCCUCGGAGCUAUCUCUGCAGCUGUUAUGUCUUCUGCAGACUCCAGUGUCCUUAGUGCUUCAUCUAUGUUUGCCAGGAAUGUCUACAAGCUGAUCUUCAGACAGAACGCGUCGGAAAUGGAGAUCAUCUGGGUGAUGCGCGUGUCCAUAAUUAUUGUGGGGAUUCUCUCAACUAUCAUGGCUCUCACAAUACCUUCCAUCUACGGCCUCUGGUCAAUGUGUUCAGACCUGGUAUACGUGAUCCUGUUUCCCCAAUUGCUGAUGGUGGUGCAUUUCAAGCGGCACUGCAACACUUAUGGUUCCCUUGCUGCCUACAUCGUGGCUCUGUUUGUACGCCUCUCGGGUGGUGAAAAGCUGCUGGGUCUGCCGCCACUGAUACACUUCCCUGGUUGGGAUGAGAAGAACGAAAUCCAGCUCUUCCCCUUCAGGACUCUUGCGAUGACCCUGUCGCUAUUUACACUCGCAUUUGUAUCUUGGUUAUCAGUAUUUCUGUUCAACUCCGGCUACCUAAGCCCGGAGUCGGAUUAUUUCAAUUGUGUGGUGAACAUUCCUGAGGACAUCCGACGAGUUGACGAGCCUUCAGAAGCUUGCGAGCAGAUGUCUGUGCUUGGAGGAGUACCCGGCCGUUUAUACGGGGCCGCUUCCACCCUGGUCGGUCCAGACGAGAGCACAGGUCGUAUUAACCCAGCCCUUGAGACCGACGAUGAUCUUGAUGACCCCAACGACGGCCCCACUCCCCUCUUCGGUAACAGCGCUCCAUCCCACCCCCUCGGGAAGCAAACCGCCUUCUGAAAUCACUAAGUGAGUGUUUUUGAUGCUUUUACGUAGACUGCACAUGACUCAGACUCAUUUCUAAAGGCAGUUUUGAUAUAUAUAACGGACGCAAUGCUCAAACGACGAACAAAUUUCGAAGCACAGAUACGCUCGUUAUGACGAAGCAAUAAUUCACAAGUUUAAUUUUUAAGAGAAUUUAUUUUGUAGAGCGGUGUGAGAAACAAAACAUAUCAUGUUGUGAAUCGAUGUUAGUCUAUUGUUAAAUUAUUUACACGUGUUUAAUGAUCCUUAUUUAUGUCAAUUAUAUGAGCGUGUGCACACAAUUAUUGUACAUUAUGAGUGACACACGGUAUAGGAGGAAUUUGAUGUAAUCUGCAAUAUAUAGAUCUGCGUAUAUCUGUUAGGUUGUAGAGUUUAUACAAUGAGUUUGAAAUUACUCCAUAGGUUACUGAAACAAGUACAUAUUAUUACAAAUUGAUAAUAUCAGAAUUUAUUCACUAAGUUUAGGUAUUCUAGUAUUUUUACAGUAAUUACAGAGAUUAUAUUUAAUAUAUUAUCGCGAUACAAAUUGUAUUACGCACAAGCUUACUAGCACAAAAUGUCGGCAGCUUAAUUUACCAUAAACAAUCUAGAGUUUGACAAAUAUGUAGAACUUAUCUCUAACCUUCCUGAACUUAUCGGGGGAUUUAUCUCAAAAUGUAAACAUCAUGUCAUAAUGACAGCUUCGUUCGUGGUAAUGGCGUAUAGCUUGGUGGUUCUAUUUUCAGUUUCUCUGUUUUGUUGUUGUCUGUGUUGUCUUGUUUUUAUAAUAUUUUUAGACAAAGUUGUAUGAACGACGAAUAUAAGAAAAAUUAAGCAUGGUUGGCUGCCGACAGAAAAUUUCAAUAUCAUAAAUGUGAAAAUAAUUAUUUAAAAAUAGUUCAAAGUUUUGGUUCCAAGGACCACAAGGCUAAAAGCACAAUUAAAUGACAGAUUUUUAGUAAAUGAUUGAAAUAUUAGUCUAAGUUUGUUAUCCAUAAUUUAAUGUACAAUAUUUUGUUUUAUUCGAAUGCUUUCUUAUAUUAUGUGGGCUAAAUUACUCGGGCUAUAUUGUAUGAAAUUAGUUCGGCUCAGUUUGGUCAUUAAAAAAGGGCAUAUAGCACAAACGCAUUUAUUCUAAAGGAAAAUAUCAAAAAAUACUAAAUACGUGUAUAAAGAAUGUUUUGCCAAUGCUUUCGCGCCAUUCGUAUGAUCUAUAUUUUAUUACAAAAUCUGUAGCUAGAGACAAAUAGAGAAAUGUAAUUGCGAGUCUUACUUGACCAAUUUUUUGCGUCGUGGUUUGAUCCGAUAUGUAGCGCUGAAUUCAUAUAAUAUCGCAAUACUGUUUUUCCAACAGUAGCUAUAACUAAACGGACCUCUGAAUUUUAUUUUAAGCCAAAUAAUAUAUUUCUACGGGUAUACUCUGUGACAAGAUGUCAUAGACAAUGCAAUUAGCAUUUAGUAGAUGUCAUGUGUUUUGGUGUUGAAAUCUAAAUGUUUCCUUCCCUCCAAAAAGUAAAUUAUUGUAAACGCUUAUAUGUUUCAAAAUUUACUAUUUAUAAUCGAUUUUAUUGGCUUUUUUAAUGUAUAUUAUUGGCCGAUUGCUAUUUUCUACUUUAAAUAGUAGGUAAUAAUAAUCAGCUAUAAAUCGUUGAAUGUAUGUAAUAUACAAAUAUAUAUUAUAAUGAAACGAUGUAUAAGCAGUGUCCUGGAUAGUGGAUUUAAAGUAGGGUCAUAAUAUACUAAAGGUACAACGUCAUCAAGGUCAUAAUAUACAAAGGUAAACGUAAUUAUAGUCGGAAAAAAAAUUACAGUUUGAUAUCUUGAUAAAAAUGAAGAUGACAAGAGAUUGUAAUGAUUCUAAAUCAUAGAAAUCCAUUCUGGUCGUGGUUAUAUAUCAAUUCUAUAUUUAUACAAGUUGUGAUUCGCUGUACUCUGUGCAGAAGUAACGAAACAUAUCAUUCCAGACUUAUUGCUGUUAAGAUAAUUGUGAAUAUACGAUAGUCCUAGAAGAUGCAUAUCACUAAUGUUAAGUGUAUCUAGUUUAUAUGACUGUUGUUGUUUCGACUCACGGCGAGCAUUCACCUACAGACUAUUAACUUUUUAGCGACCUGCUACUGUCAACUGAAUUUAAUUUUAUAAGGACCAAAUAUGGCCAUAAUAAUAACGAUACAGAUAACAUUUUCUGUAUUUACAUAAAUUAUGCUAAUCUCGACUCUCAAUUUCGGCUGUUGACAGUUUCCGUAACCUGUAACUAAUUUAAGUAAAUUGUCAAAAAAUAUUGUCAUUGUCUGUAGAUAUGUGAGGAAUGGACAUCGCUGUACCCUGGCUUCUGGACUUUUUGAAUUGACUUUUCACCAAUAUGUUGCUGAAGUUAAAUCAAAUUUCUUAAGGUCUAUAAAAAAUAUGUGUACAUUUGUAGUUGGACAUUAUUGGAACUUUAAAGUUAUUAAUUACGUUGUCUUAUUUGUGCUAAUAGUUUGACCGGUCAUAGAGGGUACAGUGAUGACUUCCGCGUCGUGAGGCCACUGUUAGAUAGUAGAUAUAUCCCAGUUCUUGUUGAUCAUUUGAAAUGUGUAUAAAUGUGUAUUGUAGCAAUUUCGCAGUAAUCUGCGUAACUGAUAAAAUAUAGUAUGUUGACUGGC